UAGCCUCGAGUUCUCGCGUUACCAAGGAGUCGAGGUACUGCUACCUGGUUAGUAGGUUGCCCUCACUAGUUGUGCCUCGCUUUUGCUACAGAACUGCUUUGUGGGCAUAAUAUCUGAUGGAAAGCCAUCAGGUCGCAAUGCCUCCGGACACAGAGGAGACAGAGCUGCUUCUUCUGGUUGUGACGCUUCUGUGCCACUGGACGAGGGUCGUGUCUGCCGCACAAGCCUUCAUGCACGCCACGGAUGUGCAUGAUAGUUUGCCGCAGGCUUCUGCACUUUCGCCGGUCAGUGGGCGCAGGGCGCGUGGGUCUCGCCGUUGGGUUGCCUUGGCCGCCGCCCCCACGCCGCGCCGCUUCUGGGUGUACCCGCACCGUAGCAGGGACUGGUGGUAUAACUGCGUGUGGUCAUCAUGGAACGAUGAGGAAUGGCUCAAGAACUUCCGCAUGAGCAGAGGAACGUUCCAGAGGAUCGUUGACAGCCUAGCACCAGCAUUGAGGCGCCAAGACACACGCAUGCGGGCGGCGUUGCCCGUGGAGAUGCGAGUGGGGAUGGCCAUUUGGUAUCUGGCCAGUCCCAACUCCUUCAGGGAGGUGCGGCAGCAGUUUGGAGUGGGCACCACCACCGCUUUCGAGGCUGUCCAUGAAUUCUGUGAAGCCGUGAAGAACAUCCUGUUCAAGAGGGUUGUCCGGUUUGCGGAUCCAGUGGAGAAGGUUAUGCGCGGAUUUGCCAACAUAGGCUUCCCACAGUGCGUCGGAGCAAUUGAUGGGUGCCACAUACAGAUUCUAAACCCAUCGGACGCCCCUGCGGACUACAUCAACAGGAAGAGGGUGGCCUCCAUUGUUCUUAUGGCUGUUUGCGAUGACAAAGGACGCUUCUUUGAGGUGGACAUUGGUCACCCCGGUAGAAGCCACGACGCGCACAUUUUCAGGGGUUGCCAUUUCACACAGGCCAUGGACAGGGCGGAAAAUCAGGACUCUCCGGAGAGUGAAUGUCGGGCUGACCCCCUGCUAACUCAGAAGGAAGAGCAGCAGCCCAUCAUAAUUGACAAGGGAGAGAGUAACAGCGAGCACUUAAGGGUCGAGCAUGUCGCCCUCUCGGGGUGUGAACUGGUCGGAAGAGGAGGUGGAGGCGAUGAUACCGUCUGUGAUCAGCAGGGUAUGGCGCCUAACCUGGUGGGUAGCCGGAAGGUUCCCAACAGUUUACCCAUCAACGUGCAGAAAGGUUACACUCUUUAA